AUGUCAAAUGCAUUCCUUGUGGACCGUAACCUCACUGGCUUGUCCUAUUGCAAUGUCACGGUCACCACUCGCCACCCCGGCUACGUCGAGGGAGGCAUCAGCACCGGCGUUUACCUGCCUCUCAAGGGCUGGAACGAGCGAAUGUUGGGCAUUGGCGGCAGUGGCUUCGUUGCGGGGAACUUGCAAGCUGCUGUACUCGCGCCUAUCGCGUCUGGCUGGGCCACCGUGUCUUCAUCGGCUGGACUUUCGGUGGGCACAAUGGCCAACCGGACAACUGAGGUUCAAAACUCGGACGCUUGGGCUUUGCGCAGUACUGGCAAUGUGAACCUAGAAGCUCUCGCCGACUUCGGGUAUCGGGCCCUCGGCGAUGCUGCCGCUAUCGGUAAAGCAGUCGUCGAGAGUUUCUAUGGACAAACUCCCAGAUACCGCUACUGGAACGGCUGUUCGACUGGCGGGCGGCAGGCUUUGAUGCUGGCGCAACGGUACCCAGACGCAUACCAUGGCCUUCUUGGCGGCUGCCCUGCAAUCAACUGGGCCAGAUUUUUGUCCACCGAUAUCGUACCGCAGCUCGUUAUGCGGGACGUAGCUGGGGGUCAUAUCCCGGCCCCGUGCGAGUUCCGAGCCAUUACUGCUGCCGCGCUGGAGGAAUGUGAUGGAUUGGACGGUGUCGUGGAUGGAUAUGUCACGGACCCUAAAGUAUGCAAGUUCAACGCUUCCUCCGUCCUAGGCGAACAAAUCGACUGCCCCGAUCUCCCCGGCGGCACAACCACAAUCUCUGAAGCUGCUGUGGCAGCUGCCGAAGCUGCUUGGGCAGGAUAUCACACCGUCGACGGCGAGUGGCGCUACUACGGUGUGAGCCGGACCACCAACAUCACUGGAGGUGGCACCCUUGCCAGCACUGCGUGCCAAGCGAAUGGUACCUGCAACCUGGCACCCUUUGGCAUUGCCAACAACUGGGUCAAGAACUUCCUUAUGAAAGACCUCGAGGCCGAUCCCAUGACUUUGACUCUUGCCGAGUUCGACCGGCUCUGGCAAGUCUCGGUUCAAGAGUGGGCUUCUUUCUUGGCCACGGACGACCCGGAUCUGCGCCCCUUUCACAAGACCGGCGGAAAGCUCCUCGUAUGGCACGGCCUGGAUGACAUCCAGAUCUAUGCGGGCGGAACAGAGGAGUACUACAACCGAGUUCUGGCCGUCGAUUCAAAUGCAACUGACUAUUUCCGAUUCUUCCAAGCUCCUGGGAUUGGCCAUUGCUCUGGAGGGGCUGGGGCGUAUCCUGGUGAGUCUUUGCAAUCUCUCAUGGACUGGGUUGAGAAGGAUACGGCACCCGACACUCUGUAUGGCCGUACUGCAACUGGCAAGGAACGUCCGCUCUGUUUAUACCCUAAGAAGGUCAUGUAUAAUGGUGGGAAGAACACAGAUGCCGCUAGCUCUUAUAACUGCGUUUAA